GCCGCGCAAGGUAAUUCUUACCCUGCUCUCCCCUAUGUGCCGGCACAGUGCAGACAGAGGUUGUAAACAUGGCGGCGGACGGGAUGGUGCUCACCAACCACGACCAUCAGACCCGAGUGGGGAUUCUGACGGUCAGUGACAGCUGUUUCAAGAACCUGGCUGAGGACAGGAGUGGAGUCAACCUGAAGGACCUGGUCCAUGAUCCCUCACUGCUAGGAGGAGUCAUAGCGGCCUACAAGAUAGUUCCAGAUGAGAUUGCUGAAAUCAAGGAAACUCUUUUGGAGUGGUGCGAUGAACAGCAGCUGAAUCUCAUUCUCACUACCGGAGGAACUGGAUUUGCACCACGAGAUGUAACACCUGAGGCCACUAGAGACGUGAUCGAGCGAGAGGCUCCGGGUAUGGCCCUCGCCAUGCUGAUGGGAUCACUCAACGUGACCCCCCUAGGCAUGCUGUCCAGGCCGGUGUGUGGUAUCCGUGGUAAGACCCUGAUCAUCAACCUGCCAGGGAGCAAGAAGGGCUCUCAGGAGUGUUUUCAGUUCAUCCUGCCCGCUCUGCCCCACGCCAUUGACCUGCUGCGCGAGGCCAUCGUCAGGGUGAACUCCACUCACGCCGCCCUGGAGCAGCUGCCCUCCCCUUCCCCUCUGCUGGCCAACACGCACAUCGACGCACACAUCAACAUGCAUACCAUGGAGCGCGGCACCCAGUGCGAGGACGACGAGGAGGAGGAUGAGGACGAGGAAGAGGAGGAGGACAGGAGGCGGGGUCCACAUGUGCACAACCACCACCACCACCACCACCACCAGCAUGGUUCCUCCCACAUCACCGCAGCUGCUAUCGCUGCCAAGACAAGCCAUGCUGCGGUCAUGUCUAAGGGCGGUCCCUACCUGCUCGGCAACACGCCUGCCCCGCCCACUCAUUUCACCUGCUCCUGUACCCAUGACCAGCAGAUCCCGGACUCUAUCAUUUCGCGAGGCGUUCAGGUGCUUCCUCGAGAUUCCGCCUCUUUAAGCUCCACCCCUUCCGAGUCACCACGGGCAACACAGGCCACCUCCCGCCUUUCCACCGCCUCAUGCCCGACACCCAAGGUUCAGUCACGAUGUGGCAGUAAUGAGAACAUUCUGAGAGCCAGCCACAGUGCAGUGGACAUCAGCAAGGUGGCACGUCGUCAUCGCAUGUCUCCGUUCCCGUUGACGUCAAUGGACAAAGCCUUCAUCACUGUUCUAGAGAUGACGGCUAUUCUGGGAAUUGAAGUCAUUAACUACAGAGACGGUUUGGGUCGAGUGCUCGCUCAGGACAUCUAUGCCAAAGACAACCUUCCUCCAUUCCCCGCUUCUGUUAAAGACGGCUACGCUGUACGAGCUGCUGACGGCCCCGGAGAUCGCUUCAUCAUGGGAGAAUCACAGGCUGGACAACAGCCCACACACACAGUGAUGCCGGGUCAGGUGAUGAGGGUGACGACCGGGGCUCCGAUUCCUUGCGGGGCCGACGCUGUGGUCCAGGUGGAGGACACAGAGCUGCUGAGGGAGUCUGAGGAUGGCACAGAGGAGCUGGAGGUGAGGAUUAUGGUCCAGGCCCGGCCCGGACAGGACAUCAGGCCCAUAGGUCAUGACAUCAGGCGAGGGGAGUGUGUGUUGGCCAAAGGGACACACAUGGGCCCGUCAGAGAUCGGCCUGCUGGCUACAGUGGGAGUGACUGAUGUCAGCGUGCACAAGUUCCCUGUGGUGGCCGUCAUGUCCACCGGAAACGAGCUGUUAAAUCCAGAGGAUGACCUCCACCCAGGGAAAAUACGAGACUCCAACCGCUCCACCCUGCUGUCCACCAUCCAGGAGCACGGCUAUCCCACCAUCAACCUGGGCAUCGUCGGAGACAACCCUGAUGACCUGCUGUCAGCUCUCCACGAGGGAAUCAGUCGCGCCGAUGUCAUCAUCACCUCAGGGGGUGUGUCCAUGGGAGAGAAGGACUACCUCAAACAGGUGCUGGAUAUUGACCUUCAUGCUCAGAUCCACUUUGGACGAGUCUUCAUGAAGCCAGGUCUUCCUACUACCUUUGCCACAGCUGACAUCGAUGGGAUACGGAAACUCAUCUUUGCUCUGCCAGGUAACCCAGUGUCUGCAGUCGUGACAUGCAACCUGUUUGUGAUUCCUGCUCUGAGGAAGAUGCAAGGCAUUCUGGACCCUAGACCUACAAUUAUUAAAGCUAGGCUUUCCUGUGAUGUGAAGCUGGAUCCCAGACCAGAGUACCACCGCUGUAUUCUCACCUGGCAUCACCAGGAGCCCCUGCCCUGGGCACAAAGCACAGGCAACCAGGUCUCCAGCAGGCUCAUGUCAAUGCGUAGCGCCAACGGUCUGCUGAUGUUGCCACCCAAAACGGAGCAGUAUGUGGAACUGCACAAGGGAGAGGUCGUGGACGUCAUGGUCAUCGGACGGCUAUGAUGCAGAAUUCAAUGUCACUCGCUACCGAUUACCAUGGCAGUGCCAGGACUUCCUGUCUGGACAGGAAACGGGCGGGGGCAGGAAGUGAUGCAUGUCUACCUGGUCGCCAUUAGCUGUGAUGUCAUAUGCAACAGCCAAUCGGAAGCCAGCGGAGGCUGAAACCUCAUUGGUCUGCUCUGAGGAGAUCACUGUAUUUCAAUGGAGAAAAAAAAAAGUGAAA